AUGCCACUAUGGCCCUUUGGCAGGAAGAAGCGGCGUCUGAGCGCGUCGACGGCUGCAACGACAACGUCGUCCUCGCUAACUGCUCCAACUGCCCCGGCACCAACAGCCAGCGCAACCACAGCAGCAACAGCAACCGCACGCCAACAACAACCCCAGCAACAACAACAGCAGCAACACGACCAGGCGCGCCCUGCAGAUGUUUCAGAUGCUCCGGCACAGGCCAUAGCCCGCCCGCCCAAUGACAGCUCCACCCACAUAAUUACCCCAAACGUCCUCGAGCGUCAGGGAAGCGUGCAGCACGACUUAACGGCCCUACCUGAAUUGUCCGAACUCGAGCAGAGCCCGCAUCUGAGGCCUGCUAAUGUCAUCAAACCCGUCCACCCCUACACCCUCGACCGCCCGUCGUCUGCUCGUCCUUGCACCCCAUCCGCCACGCAUCCCGCGCCUUCUGACAAGCAAGCCCCAUUUCGCCGUCCCUCUAACAAGCGGAAAAAGGACCAGGCCCUGCGCGAGGAAGAGAUCCGUCAAAUGAGCGCCCCCAUGCAGAUUCCGAAGAGACCUGCCGCCAACUCCGGCCAUGACCUGCUCCGCCGCGACAGCAAANAGGCUCGUCGGACCCUGACCAAACGCCCCGACGAUUCACGUUCUUCCAAUGUCUCCCUACCCCUGCCGGAAUCAAUUCACUUCAACAGGUCGCACUUGUCAGAGCAGCGUGCUUGGGAGAUUGGUGCCAUGUCUAUCCUCAGUCCACGUCCGACCGUUCGCGUCUCGGGCACUUACACAAAUCCUCCCUCGCCCUUUGGGAAGCGUCCAGAGAAGAUGGGCAAGCUGCCCGAACUCGCUCGUGCAUCGAGUGGGAGAAAGGAUCGAAGAAAAGUUGCCGACCUUGCCGACGACCUCAAUUCUACCGAGCUGCGCAUUCUCAUGGAACGCGAUCAACGAAGAAAAGAACAAAAGGCCCUGGAGCAACAUGAGCGUCUCGAUCGCAAGUUGCGCAGGAGGGCAGAGAAACAGCGCGAGGAAGACGAACGUAGAGCUCGUGACGCCCGCCUGAAUGCAACUCCGCCUACAGCCAUCCACCCUGCCUUCCGCGAACAGCAGCCUGAUGCUGAACUCAUUACACCUACUUCGCUCAGGAAGCAGGGCAAACAGCCGAUCCCUGAGAUGCAGGAGUCCNCCACCAAGGGUGGUACUUAUCUACGUUACCCACCAGGCGAAGACAUACCCCAGAACCCAUUUGCAGACCCAGAGCCCGACAACCCUUUCACCGCGCAGGGCGCCGAAUAUUCUCCCGUCCAGACUCCACUCGACGAGCCAAUCUUGCAAACCGCCAGAGCCGUCAGGCUGUCGGCCGGUCACCUGUCUCCACCUGCUUCUCCAGUACCCGUUGUUCAGCGCGAAAUCCAGCCGUCUCCCAGCUUGCCUGAAGUUUCUUACCCACAGUCGCAGAGGACCUCUAGCCAUCCUGCCAGUUCCUUCGAAUCGAGCCGACGCAGACCCUCUGAGAGCGGCAGUCGGCGUGUAGGGCCUAGUGCCUGGACCAAUAUCUUCCGCCGAGGUCUUGGUUCAAGCCGCACAUCAGAAGACAAGCCUCCAUCCGAAUUCUCCUUUGUCAAUACUUCUAGGGAGUCCAUGUCUAAGCAGCCCAUACCAGCUCACCUGGUAGGACCGCCCUCGUCGCGUCAAUCUGGCGCGCCCACCCGUACGCAAAGCAAGUUCCGUGAGGAUCUCCCUGAACUGCCGAUCUCUCCACCAUCCUCUCGUGUCCAGUCGCCUGAGUUGAGCGUGAUUACAGCCGGGGUGUUGGCUGCAAGACGUACUAAGCGUGUCGCUGACACGCAGACGAAGACGAAGACUGUAGACCAGUCUGGUCUGGUUAGAAACGACUCGCCCGCCAUUGUUGAAGAUGAGGAGUCAACAGUACUGUCUCAAUCAUACGGAUCCGUUGACUCAGAAGGCAGCUGGAUCAGUGGACGUCUGAUCAAACGCACGUCUCACACUUCGCAUCCUCACAGUAGCUUGAGCUCCCUUAAGAAGGCAAAGCCCGAGUUUACUGCAAGUUUCGACCGGCUGCCCGUUCCAGAACAUGAAUAUUUUGCUGCCUUGACACCAGACAACGGCAGCCGUCGCGUAUCAGCUGAACACGCAAUUGCAACACCAACAGCAGAACCGUCCCCUGAAGUGGCCGCGCCACUCAGGCAAGCCACAGCACGCCGUAUACCGACAGUAGUACACAACGAUCCUCGCUUUAAAUCUCGCGAAGGACUUCUCACAGAAUAUCAAGCAGGAGAGCCAGUAACGCCGUCUCGCGAAGGCAGUCUGAGUGGCGAUUCGGCUGGAAACUCGCCUGUAGAAUUGCACAAGGCGCAAAGUGUCAACUAUGGUCAGAUGCAUGGCCACGGAAAAUCGCUCAGCGCAGGCAGUGCUAGGAUGUUUGAUAUCACGCCGAAACGAAGUAAGAGUGCUGCAACGCUUCUCACAGGAGCGAGUCCUCGGUCCUCGCCAAGGAUUCCACAAGAAUAA